UCUUAAUCACAUAAUUUUGUUGGAACUUUCAUGAGAUUUUGCUAAAGAAGGAAAGAGGUGCACUCAUUAGUAUAGGUGACUGUAGAAUUUCCUACUGGCUUACUUUAUGUGCAAUUGUUUGCCAUAGAUAAAGAAGGUAAUUUCUUAUUGUCAUAUCUCCUUUAUUAUUCUUCUCAUUCUUGCCAAAUAUUCGGUGGUGCUAUAUUUUUUUGGGUGGUAUUUAUUGUUAGAAAAUAAAAAUUAGUGCCACUUUCUCCAUCUUAAUCAUGAUGGCUUUUAAUUAAUUUUAAAUAACAUUCUUUUUCAAAUUUUGGGCUAAUUCAUGGGUAUAUUCAAAAGGGUAAACCGCUUCUUUUCUUCAAAAUCUAUCGAUCCAUUCAGUUAUAUUUAAAAGGGGAAAUCCUCCCUCUCCACCCCAACUUUAAUCCAGUGGCAAACGAUCCUGUGUGGUUUCAAGUUUGCUAAUUGACUUGGCUGAACUUUCAACACGCGGCAAAGAGGUGUAAAAGAAAGUAAAUAAAGAGGAUGAAUUAAAUUGGAGAAUUGGUGCAACUUAACAAAAUGUGCUGCUUUGAUGCUAGUUUUGCUUUGUUACCUCUUUGUGGCAACAUCAAGAAGGCUGAUGGGUUCAAGAUUCCCAUCUCAUAAGCUCAGCAAUGGCCUAUAUGUGUCAGGCCGGCCUGAACAGCCGAAAGAAAAGGCACCAACAAUGAGCUCUGUUGCCAUGCCAUAUACUGGUGGUGACAUCAAGAAGUCAGGAGAACUUGGGAAAAUGUUUGAUAUCCCCAUGGAUGGUUCAAAAUCUAGAAAAUCUGGUCAGCUAGGCAGUGCUCCCUCAAGGACUGGAUCAUUCGCAGGCACUGCUUCACAUUCUGGACCUAUCAAUGCGGCAGCUCGUGCUGGGUAUACUACAUCAGGUAAUGUGGCUGGAGGCAUGUCUACUUCAGCCUCAAUGAAGAAAACCAACUCUGGUCCAUUGAAUAAACAUGGGGAACCGGUGAAGAAGUUAUCUGGACCUCAAUCUGGUGGGGUCACACGCCAGAACUCUGGCUCAAUUCCUCCAGUUCUUCCAACCACUGGUCUCAUAACAUCUGGUCCACUAAACUCAUCUGGAGCUCCAAGGAAAGUAUCGGGUCCAUUAGAGUCCACAGGAUCAAUGAAAUCUCACAGUUUCUCCGUUGCUCAUAAUCCAGCUGUGACCACUCUUAGCCUAGAUGAUGAAUAUUCCUUCAGGAGGAAUUUCCCGAAGCCAAUUUUGUGGUCUGUGAUUCUGAUCUUUGUUAUGGGAUUCAUUGCCGGAGGCUUUAUUCUUGGAGCUGUCCGCAAUGCCAUUCUUCUCAUUGUAGUAGUAAUUCUGUUUGCUGCUGUUGUUGCAUUAUUUACAUGGAAUAGUUGUUAUGGGAGGGGAGGCAUUGUCAGUUUCAUUUCUCGUUAUCCUGAUGCUGAGCUUCGAACCGCUAAGAAUGGGCAAUUUGUGAAGGUUUCUGGGGUGGUUACCUGUGGUAAUGUCCCUCUUGAGUCCUCCUUUCGGAAAGUCCCUAGAUGUGUUUAUACAUCUACAAGCUUGCAUGAAUAUCGAGGAUGGGGUUCGAAACCUGCCAACCCAAAUCAUCACCGAUUUACUUGGGGACUAAGAUCAGCUGAGAGGCAUGUGGUGGAUUUUUACAUCUCUGAUUUCCAGUCCGGAUUAAGAGCAUUAGUCAAAACAGGUUACGGUGCAAGGGUGACUCCUUAUGUUGAUGAGUCUGUCGCAAUCGACAUUAAUCCAUCCAAUAAAGACAUGUCCCCGGAGUUCCUCCGAUGGUUGGGAGAGAGAAACCUUUCAAGUGACGAUCGUGUAAUGCGAAUAAAAGAAGGGUAUAUCAAAGAAGGAAGCACAGUAAGUGUAAUGGGGGUGGUUCAGAGAAAUGAGAAUGUGCUUAUGAUUGUUCCUCCUUCUGAGCCUUUGAACACUGGAUGCCAAUGGGCUAAAUGUAUAUUUCCUUCAAAUCUUGAAGGUAUUGUUUUGAGAUGUGAGGAUACAUCAAAGAUUGAUGUCAUUCCAGUGUAGUUAUAUGUUAAAAAGUGCACCAGACAACUGUUAGGUAUUCUUCUCCCUCUUGCGAAACAAAAGAGAGAAACAUUUUGUUCCGAUACCAGAAGUUGAUGGUGAUGGUGGUUGAUGUUGUUGUUUGUAAGUGUGAUGAUGACUCUAUAGAUGACGUCGAUGGUUUGGGGCCUUUUUUUUUUGGUUUUCACACUCAACUCGUAGUUUGUUGUAUAGCUAAUGUAAGUUCUUAUUCUUUUAGUUAUUGUAUUUUUUCCCCUUGAGGAUUUUGCAUUUUUUAUGGAUGUUGUUGGUUCAUAUAAUGACAAGUUGUCUUCAGAGGAACUUGGUGCUUUUUGUUUUCCCCCAAUUGUGAAGGGAAUCUUUGGUGCAUUCUUUUUUAA